UGAGCGUGUAAGUGUCGAUUUUGACAGUUUAUUCUAUUUUCGGUUCAUAUGCCUCGUAAAACGGAACUACAACAGACUGUAAAUAUGGCACAGCUAAAUUGAGAACUACAGAAUAUACAGUAAGAAGUAUCGUAAACUACAACAGUUACUAUUACCCGAUUGGGUUACCCGGAAUCAGCUCGGGUGCAAAUGGACAUCGUUUUUUAUUGACUCUACUUGACUGGUUCUGAAACUACACAAGGUCCCCCCUUGAUCAAUACUCAGGGGACAAAGCUGCAUAAAAUAAACAGAGGUUCCAUAGUAAAUGUUUCUGUCAUCCAGAUGGCUACGCUAGUUUGCCUCACCUGCACGAAAACUACACAACCGGAUUGUUCGAUAUCUGUUAGCGAGCGCGAGAAUGUACAGACUGUCUUGUCCAAAUACUUCUGGUUCACCGAGGAUGUAAACCGCAAAAGCGUUCUGUGUCAAAUCUGCUGGGAUAAGAUCAAUGAUUUUCAUCAAUUUUACUGCGAGAUUGAGCGAGUCCAUUUCCAUUACGAAUACAAAAUACCUACCCAGUUCUUGCAGGUAAAGGAAGAACCUAUCGCUCAGGAACCUGCUCCCCCAUUGCCCGAUGUCCUAGAAACGAACGUUUCGCUGAAAAGUGAGGACAGUGAUAGCAGUGAAACAUCCCCGGACAGGGGUGACGAUAAAGAUGAUUCUUCGGACGACGAACCUCUUGUUGUAAAACAGCCGAAACGAAAAAAGCUUAAAACCCGAAUUUUAUCUCGUGGCCGGUCAACUGUUUCGAAAAGCAUUCCAGAUGAUCAGCUAAUUGCCGAACGGAUUGAGCUGCAAUGUGACACGUGUUCACUAAAGUGUAGUACGUUCGAAGAUGUGCAGAAACAUUCGAUGGCGGAACACGAGAAACGAGCGUUUCUAUACUGCUGUAAGCUCAAGUUCAGCAGAAAGUGUCGGCUCAUGGACCAUAUUCGGUAUCAUAUAAACCCGUCCGAGUUCCAGUGCGACAUUUGCCCGAAACAGUUCCCCAACAGUGAAUCACUGAGUCGCCACAAGGACAGUGCACACGCAAAAGACGGAGCCAGAACGCUUCGGUGUGGUACGUGUUCGAAGACAUUCUCUCGUCUGAAAACGCUGGUCAUUCAUGAGAAGUAUCAUAAGAAAAAGUGGCGGUGCAUCAGCUGUAAGAAAUACUUUGCGAACGAAUCAUCUUUGCGCGCGCAUAAUCGAAGAAAUCAUCCGGAUGGACUGCCUGUGGAGUCUGAGGAGAAAAGUCCACUAGGGGUGAAGAGUGAGAGUGAUUCCAAAGAUAACACUGUAGAGCAGGAGGGGGAUUUCACCGGAAGUGAUUUCAAUGAUCCCGAUUUUGAGGACGAGAAACCGAAACGAGGGAAACGUAACAGAUCGGGCCGGGGUGCACAACGGCCGGCGGACUGGGUACAGAAAAGCCAACAGCUGAUUGCAAAGUAUAUCAACCUAGAAUGUGACACGUGCUCGCAAAAGUUUAGCACGUUCGAGGAACUGGAACAGCAUGGACCAGCGCAGCACGAUAAGAAAGUUCAUGUUUACUGUUGCGAAUAUAAGUUUAGUAGAAAGUGUCGUCUCAUGGAUCAUCUUCAGUAUCACGAAAAUCCAUCGAAAUAUCAGUGUGGUGUCUGCUCGAAGCAGUUUCAAAACAGUGAAUCCUUUAAGCGCCACAACGAUCUAGCUCACAAGGAGGAGGUGGAGAAAACACUGCAGUGCAGCAUGUGUCCGAAAACGUUCGCGUUUGCUCGCUCUCUUAGGUUGCAUGAAAAAUAUCACCGAUCGUUGAAUGAGAAGAAAUGGUACUGCGCCACCUGUGAUAAGUCGUUUGCCUGGGAAACGCUACUACGGCAACACAACCGUAUAAAUCAUUCGGUUCGAGUGUUCGAGCACGUCUGUCACAUCUGUGCGAAAGGUUAUCACACACUGUCCUCGUACCGGUCGCAUAUAGCGUCACACGAUGAGAAUUACAAGCGGGAAAAGGCACCGGAGGAAUUGGAGCGGGUGCAGUGUACGGUUUGCGAAAGCUGGCUUUUUAAGAAAGGCUUACGAAAGCACAUGCGAAAUCACACGGGUAGUCGAACCUGUGACCACUGCGGUCAGGUAUGCAAAAGCAUAGUGACCCUGCAGUAUCACAUGGCUCAGCAUAAAAAGGCUGAUCUCACCUGUUCAGUGUGCGAGAAAACGUUUAAACGGGAGAUUAGUUUGAAGGAACACAUGGCUGCUCACACCGGCCAGGUACUUUACACCUGUGACUUCUGCGGAAAGAAUUUCAACUCCAAUGCGAAUUGGUCCUCGCAUCGGAAAAAGUCUCAUCCCAAAGAGUGGCUGGAGGAUAAGAUGCGCAAGAAUCCUCACAUGCAGCUGGAAGAGGGACAGAAACUGCUGGAUCAGUGGCAGAAGCAGCAGUACUGCUAGCCUGUUGGUUCGGAGAAAAGGCUCUCUGUAUGUGGUUAUAGCGAUAACAGUUUAUUGUGUAGUUCCAGUGUAUGCAUACUUGAAAGACAAAAAAUGAAAGCUUUCUGAUA